AUGUAACUUCAAACAGUUGCUUCGUGUCUACAAACACUAAUUUACGUCAAAUAGACAUUCUCACGAUAUCUGGAAUUACCAGCUUGAAUGCUAUAGAGUCUAGUUAAAAAGUUUCCCAAAACAAUUUUAAAAUUGCUUUAUCUAUUUUACGUCAAUUACGCGAAUUGUACGUUCCGGUGAUAUAUUCUUUUCUUAUACUACAGAUUCCUGUCAGGACCUCAUUCUUCUAACUCUAAGUUCGUUCCGUGAGCGGUAAGGCAAGAUGGCGGCUUUUGUGGCCAAACAGAUGGUAGGAAACAAACUUAGCGCUGUUAAAGGCGCAGUCGGCGGUGAUGGCGAUGACAGCGACGAUAAGGAAAAGGAAGAAGAAGCCGAACGUGAGCGGCAAGAGGCCAUCCGCGAGGCUGAGGAGCGGCGCAAGGAGAAGCACCGCAAGAUGGAGGAAGAGCGAGAGAAGAUGCGCCAGGAGAUCAGGGAUAAGUACAAAAUCCCGAAAAAAGAGGAGGUGGUUGAGCAACAGCAGGCCGAGCCCGACAACCCGCUGAUGAGGAAGAAGAAGACGCCAGAGGAACUCGCUGCUGAGGCUGAACUCGAAGACCAAGAUGAGUUCACUAAAUUGAAAAACACCAUCGAAAACCAAGUGAACGAACUCAAAUCCCAAAUCGAGAGCAAGUGCGUGAUGCAGUGAGCUGCCGACGACGCUUCUCAUCAUUAUAUACCCUGAAUACAUGAUGUAGCUGUACUAACACAACCCGAAACCUCCCGACUUGACGACAGACUCAACAUUGAUCGUCUAGAAGACUAACGUACUCGCGUCACCAACAGCGUCUUAAUACACACCAUCUAAUAUCUCUCUGUCGCUCACUAUAAACUUGUAACUAUGAUUUACAAAGACAUAAAGAAUACGUGUCUUGCUGUCUGAAAAUGGAACAGCAAUUUAUGGGCUCACUAUGAGAAUUUGCGACACAGUUUUUGCCGUUAGCUCUAGGUUCUUCUAGACUAUCUAUGUGCGAGUAUUGUUCGAGAACAGUGAAACAUAGACAGAACUUAAAUUAGCUUUCGUUCGAAAUGUGUUUGCGCAUUGGUGCUUGAUGAUAAGCAAUAUUUUUAUACACGACGUGUAAGCCGAAUACAAUUUGUUCAUACGGUUCAAACGUAAACAGGGCCAAGCGAUGGGCGGACGUUUAAAUCCAUUUUAUAUGUUGAUGCUUUGUGAUAAAAAAUUGUUGUUAUUUAAGUGUAAAAACGAAUAUAAAUACAUAAAAAAUGGGUGUAAUUUAUUUAAAAAAAGAAUUCUUGUAUUAUAAGUCUGUGGCUCGCGUGUAGUUCGACUCUAGGCCUGAAAUGGCGCCAAACAGAAUCUAUUCUCGUUAUUCGUAUGAUAUUUGUUUCAUCCAAAUUCCGCGGGCUUCGUCGAACGCUUGUGCUCUCUCUCUCUCUCUUUCUCUCUCGUUCUAACUCUCUCUACUCUGUACUGAAAUUUCAAUAUCUUGAUAAUCUUUUGCAUGCGUGCUUCUGUAUUCGUGUCAGUGGUAGAUGUAUUUUACAAGACCUUAGCCUUAAUACCCACAUCGAACAUAAAAUAGGUGAAUACAUAAAUUGUUAUGCAAAAGCGUAUCUGACACGUCAGACUCGCGAUUGUUGUCCAAAUGUCUUGCGUGUGUUUCUUAAAUGAUAAGUAAAGUUUUUAGUGUAAUGUUAUGACGUAGAUUAUAAACGUAUUUCACGUUGUUUAAUAGUUAAACGCGUUGUAGAGUAGACCCGUUGGUUUCUAUAAUCUAAUCGUUUUAUCGCUUAGGUGUAAAUUUGAAACACAAUUGUGCGAGCAAUGAUGCAUAGAUCGCGGCAUCUGGGUCUGGUGGAUGUCAAACACAUUGACAGAACAGGAAAAUAGCGUCGAGAGCCUACCUAAAUGUCUAUACCUAAAUCACCAACGCUGUAGUUAACUCACAAACAAAUCUCCUAGAAUAUCGGUACAGUAAAAAUACUUAUUCCAUGGCUCUGUCUAUUUCUACCACGAGACGACCUCUGGUUUUCGAAGAAAGUAUAGCUAACAUACCUUCAAGUGGUACACAAUGAUCACCUCUCCACCAAAUCCUUGACAUCCACAUCAACAUUGUUGGUCUUAGUAUUAAAGAAGGUCUCUAAUUGUUCUGACAAUUGUGUCCAAGAUAUAAAAAGCUGCAUUUGCAAAAGAUUCGUUAUCGUCAAAAGCUGUGAUAUAUGAAUAUAAAUAAAUAAAUAAAACGUUUCGUCUAAAGCGGUGUACCCGCGGACGUUUUCUUCUUAAGCUUGUCUAUCUAUCUCUUUCUCUCGAUCUUACCUUCUCUGUCUACACGAGUUCAGCACAUCAUGUAUUUCCCAUCUUACUGAUUUCAUCGCUCGCUUUAACAAAUCACAGUUAUACCUCCAGAAUUCUAAAUAACUGUAAAUACAAAUAUUUAUUUCCAAUCACCUUAUUAAAAAGUAGGUAUAUGUUUUUGAUAUAGGAUAAAUGUUUUGGCAGUUUGUAAAUCUGACAGUUGACAGUUCGUAUACUUUAAUUGACUUCUGUAAUCUGUAAUCUGCACGCUAUCAUAGAUACAUCGCAUCAGCACACACGAUCACAAAGACGACAGCGAAGUCGUUGAGUCCGUACACUUACUUCUAUUACACUAUAUUAAUUAUUAAGUGAUCCACUUAACGUGUGACUUAGUCUAGGUUUAACAAUAUAUAAAUAUAUAGAAGUACGGUAUUGUGCAUGGCAAUUUUAGCUGAUGGUUGUUCGUAGUUCGAAUACAAUAAUAGUUAAUAAGAUUCGAAAAUAUUACACGACCAAUAAUAUUCGAUUGAACGAAUCCACAUAAUUUUCACAUAACGCCUUAGAUUUCUCUUCGCGUUUUGCCAACAAGAAAUUCAUCCAUUAAAAUAUGUAUCACAAGCACUAUCUUUGUGGUGGCUUCGGAAACCGCUCUGUGUUACUAAAACUGAGAUUUCGAUUGAUGAUCCUAAUUCGAAAUAUGAAAAUAUCCAUAAACAAUAGCGCGCCAUGAUGCAGCCUCUUUAUUAAAUGGAUGGAUUUCAUCUGCUUGUCUUGGGUGUACUAUAUGCCCGUUGCAAUUACUCGUAGCUAUUUCUAUAAAACUAUCCUAAACUUUUAUCUAAUAUCUUUGAUCUCUAAGUAGUUUAGCCUGCCCCUUCGUUGUUGACUCAUAGUAGACUUAGGGAUUUUAGAAGAACAUAUUUUCAUAAAGUAUAGUCAUGAGAGUUAACAGAAGGCGUAAUCGUGUCACUGAUUUGAUAAUAACCGUUUGUUAUUUUAUUUGUACGCAUGUAAGUUCUAUUGCUCUUGGGAAACGUGUCGUUGUCUGUUUAUCAUUGUUUUGGCGUUAAGUUAUUGUUGUUAGCUUUGAAUGUCUGUUAUAUAGUUGUAACUAGUAACACAGGGUUGCUUUACAGCGCAAUGUUAAAAUGGAAUUUGGGUGAUAUCAAAUCGCGCGCUAAUUAAAAUAGCAUAACAUAUUGAACCGUAAGUGCUAUUGCAAUAGCGCUUUUUCUUUAUCUCGAUAUAAACAAAUAUUUUUUGUCGACGGUGAUACUAUUUAGAACUGUGUACAAAUGUUUGACUCACAAACAUACUUGGGUUUUAGAUUUAGCGGUGCACGUCUCUGUCUGCGGUUAGAAGUGAACGGAAACAAUCAAAUAUCAACAAUAUGACCGAUAAAUAGGUUUGACAAAAAAAAAAGGUUGCGUGUAAUUAUGUACGCGCGUAAGAAGUCAUACUUUAUUUUUAUUAAAUUUAUUUCUUUUAUUUUUAAUAUUAAAUAAUUAAUUAUAAAUAUUUAACGUUAAUAAUAUAAAAAAUGAAUGCUAAUAACACUUUUUUUUACGAGUGUACAUGCGCGAAAGUUCACCUGCGGCUAUAUUCAGACUCGCCAAGCUACGUCGGUCGUAUUGUAAUGAGCGAUUUAGUGGGCAACUUCAUUUCUGUUAAUUUUGUGUCACGGUACGCGCGCAUCGUAAAAUUUCACUCUCAGCAAUUUUUCAUAACGCGCCUAAAGAAGUAUAACUUCAAUAUUCUACAACUUCACAAAUACAUUUUUUUUUAAAAUCUACUCCUUAACGUGUUUUAUGUAUUUAUUUAAACCGGACAGCGACGUGCAUACAAUACUAUGUAGAAAUAUAUUUUGCACUUUGAUCUUAUGACAUUCGAACUCAGGGUAAAUAUGUAUUUAUCAUUACGUGCAUUAAGUAGCGUUUUAGUUCGUAUCAACUUUUAGAUUGACAACACGACCCUUGAAAGUGCAUUUUUCAAUAAAUCAAACCAAAAAAAUUGUUAGAACUACUUUAGAAAAGUCACGGAGUUAGGAUAGAUAGUCGUUAUGUUGAUGGGCGGAGUGUAGGCGACAGAUAUUAGACUUACAGCCUUCGGUUAUAAGAGCAGAAAUGUGAGAAGCUUGUAUUAGCCGCUGUCGCUUCCGCUACCGCUUGUUAAUAUGUUAAUACGAUAAAUUGUUGACAGUUUAUUAAAUAGCUUAAAGAUAGUUUCAUUAGUUGUUAGGUAUAAAAACAGUUUUUCGAUAAUUGGGAAUUUUGGAUACAUUUUUGAGAAAUGUUUUGGAAAAUAAAAUGGAAACGUAAUGAUUUAUUUAGAAUCUAGAAUAUUCAGAACCCGAUUUUGUUUAAAUGUAAAAUUAUUGCAAAGUUAACAUAAAGUGCUUAUAAUUGAACUGGUUAUUUCUGUAAAUUGACGCGCUUCAUCUGUGUUUGACGUAUAUCGAAGCAUCAAGCGAAGAUUCUAACAAUAAAAGUACGUUCUAAAAUUGGAACAUUAAAGUAAAAAUGGUAACACUUAAAAAUUAAAUAAAUGGUAAACAAUAGAACCCGUUAAUAACACAGCAAUAAACACGAGAGAAUAAGAAACAAAACGAAAUUACAGAAAUAACGAUCUAAAUAUAUAGCGUUUCAGAAACUGAACACAAUAUUUAAACACACAAAAAAACACGCCUUAUUAUAAAAUAGUAAUAAAAGACAACGACACUACACAAGAGCUUUACACGAAGCAUUAAAUUAAAUUAUUUUACUUAUAUUUUUGUAUACGGGAAGCGAUUUUACCAACUAAAAUCUUCUCAAAAAACGCUUUCCCGUUUUUUAUGUUAAUUUUCGGGAGGCACGACAAGAGACCAUGUUGCUUAAAGUUAAUAUACUUAUCGGGUUUUAACAGUGUGAAUUACACGUCACACGCCCCACAGAUUAUCUAACUUAAAGUAUAGCAAUAGUGAAUGCUCUGACAACAAUGAUACGACGACAAAAUAGCAAUAACUCUGAUGAGUUCGUAUUGAAGCUACAGUUGCUUAUACAUAAUCAUACACUACAAAAAUACAAUAUGUGACUGGGUGGAUCACUGCGUGCGCAGUGAGUCAAUGAACUCCGAUAUUGCUAAUAAGAGAUGGUUUUUGAGCUAUCUUAAUAUAUACAAAUUACGUGUAAUGUUGUUUGUCCGCGAUCGACGCCUAAACUACAGAACCGAUUUUAACUUUUUUUUUUUUUAAAUAUGUGUUUUGUUCCAACUUCGGCCAUAGAAUGGUUUUUAUUUUAAGAGGAUACUUCAAUAUUUCAUUAACAAUUUAAAAACAAGAACUUCUUUUCAUUAACCACGAACCAACAUGAGUUAAACAAAAACCCGUUUAUUCCACGUUAACUCACGUCGUUUUAUCAUAAACCUGGUUUAAAAUAACUUGACUCUCGUUGAAAACCUAUGUAUCCCGCCACCCAGUAAACCAGAAUUUCACUUUUGUGUAAGGUGUACAGACAUUUGUAUAUCACACCAAAUAAGUAUUUUAUAUCUAUUGUUGGCAUCUGUAUCUUUAUCAAUAUUGUCAAUGACAUGAUAGAAUUUAUUAAAAUAAUAGUGUAAUCUCACAAUUGCGAUGCAGUUUUGGAACAUGAGAAUUUCAAUGUCGAUAAUAUUAAAUUUAAGCAACAUGGCGUCAAGCUAAUACAAAAGUACAAGUUGUUUGUAUGGUAUAGUUAUUGGCCAAGAAAAAGUAGAUGUUAGUGACAUAGAGUGACAGCAUUUACCGAAAUGUGACGAAACUCUAAAAAAUACAUAAACACGAUUAGUGUUUUAUUGUUAUGAGAAAAUUAAGUAGUUAAUCCAUGAAUAGAAUAAAAACGGAAAGUUAUUGUUGAAAAUAAUGUUUUUAGGAUAUUAUUACGGAGAUGAUUGAGCUUCUGUGACACUUAAUGAUAAGUUAGUAUUUGUUUUGGCCUUACAGAAUUGCCACCUUGGAUUUGUGCAGCUCAGAAGUAAAGAGUAUAGUGAUCAGCAAAACUAUGGUAAAGUAAACAAACUGGCCUCCAAAAAAGAUGUGUUACCCUCUAAGCAAAAUAACGAUGAAAAAAUCAUGCUUAGGUAGCAAAUAUUUUAAUCUGAAAAGAUUUCUAAAUUAUAUUUAAAACAAAAAGUAACAGUCUCUAUAAUGUGAGAAUCUAAAACAGUUAAAAGAUGCUGACAGAUUUCCAUUCCUCUAAAAUCUUCGACAAUUUUUGCAAAUAAUUUCAUUGAUAAAACAAUUCUACUUAAUAAUUGGAAUAAAUAUAAGUAUAAAGAAUAAAUUCUACCUAAUAAUUGAAAUAAAUAUCACAGUAUAUGAAAUAAUCAUUUAGUUCGUGUGCUGAGUAUCAGCUGUUUACUUCUGACUCACUAAUGUUAGUUUCAUUUUCACCCUCACUACGGUAGCGUUAGCUUGUACGCCAUUCAUUCAUUUAUGUUUAAACAGCUUUAUGUUAUUUUUCAUUUGAAAGAAAGUAUAUUAGUUACGUAUUGAAGUUUAGAAGGUUGGUACCACAGCGAUGUUUCGCGACGUGUUGGUACCCCUGAAAAUGUUGUUAAAUAAAUAAAAACUAAAUUGUACCACA